AUGCCUCCACAGAAAGCCAGCUCCCUCUUAUGUAAAUGGCAAAGUCUUAUUCUCUGCCAACCGCACUUCCUGCGCCAACAAUCCUCGCUCCUCAAGCAUGCCCGCCUCCCUACCCACCGCACCCUCAUCGCCGCUCCCCAGCCCAAUUCCGGGCCUCUCAUGAGUCGCCGCUCCGAUCGCGCGCUCCCGGCCAUCAUUAGUCCCUGGCGCGUCUGGGGACCAAGUCUUCCAAUCUUCGUGAUCAUCCUCACCGUCUCCGCCCUCUGCAUCUUCAACUACCAGAAAUCGUCCUCUUCGGUUGUAGCUGCUACGUUAUACGCAUUACGCACGAGCGAAGUAGGUAGAAGGGAACUAGGUGAUGAGAUAUACUUCCGAGACAUGUGGCCAUGGAUUUGGGGAGAAAUGAACCAAUUGCAUGGAAGGGUGGAUAUCCAUUUUGGGGUAAAGGGGACCAAAGGGAGGGGAGUGAUGAGAUUUAAGAGCGAGAGGAGGGGGAGAAUGGGGAAAUUUGAGACGAAAGAGUGGAGCUUGGAGACGGAGGAUGGGAGAAAACUACAAUUGUUGGAUGAGGGAAGGGGAGAUCCGUUCAAAAAUACGUCUUUGGAAGCGGAACCAACAGGCUAG